GGCUCCUUCCGGCCUCGCGCCCUCCCUCCCCUCGCCGGCUGCGGCUGUCCGGACCGCCACGCGGGUGCCGGCCGAGGAGGGCAAAGCCGGCUGCGGGGCUCCGGCCGCCUUUCCGGGCGAGGGGCUCCGAGGAUGAAGUGUCACUACGAAGUGCUGGGCGUGAAACGCGACGCGGGCGAGGAAGAGCUGAAGAGAUCCUACCGGCGGUUGGCACUGCGGUGGCACCCAGACAAGAACCUAGAAAAUGCUGAGGAGGCGGCCGAACAGUUCAAGUUGAUCCAAGCAGCGUAUGACGUACUAAGUGAUCCGCAAGAACGAGCCUGGUAUGACAAUCACAGAGAAGCUCUGUUGAAAGGCGGGGUGGAUGGAGAAUACCGGGAUGACAGCCUGGAUAUCCUGCGCUUCUUCACUGUGACCUGUUACUCUGGCUACGGAGAUGACGAAAAGGGUUUCUAUGCGGUGUAUCGGCACGUCUUUGAAAUGAUUGCAAAAGAAGAGAUGGAAUCCAUGCCCGAGGAAGACGCUGAAGAAUUUCCAAGUUUUGGAGACUCUCAGAGCGACUAUGACAUGGUAGUCCACUGCUUUUACGCUCACUGGCAGAGUUUUUGCACGCGGAAGAAUUUUGCCUGGACGGAAGAGUACGACACGCGGCAGGCCUCGAACCGCUGGGAGAAGCGAGCGAUGGAGAAGGAGAACAAGAAAACCCGCGACAAAGCCAGGAAGGAAAGGAACGAGCUGGUCCGCGAGCUGGUGGCCUUCAUCCGGAAGCGGGACAGGCGGGUCCAGGCCCACCGGAAGCUUCUGGAAGAGCAGAACGCCGAGAAGGCCAAGAAAGUGGAGGAGCUCCGCAGGCAGCAGAAACUGAAGCAAGCCAAGUUGGCUGAGCAGUAUAAAGAGCAGAGCUGGAUCACCAUGUCGGAUCUCGAGCGGGAGCUGCAGCAAAUGGAAGCCCAGUAUGAGAAGGAGUUUGGCGACGGGUCCGACAGCGAGGAGGACGGAGAAUCUCAAGAGCCAAAGGAAGGGCAAGAAGACAAACAGAAUGACGAGGCAGACGAUGCUGAAUAUUAUGAUGAUCUGUACUGCGUUGCUUGUGACAAAUCCUUUAAGACCGAAAAAGCCAUGAAGAACCAUGAAAAAUCCAAAAAGCAUCGGGAGAUGGUCGCCUUGUUACGGCAGCACCUGGAGGAAGAGGAGGAAGAAUUUUCCCUCGCUGCAGCUGAUGAGAAUGAGUUAGAAGCUAAAGAAGAGGAGGAGGAAGAAAUACCCAUGCAAAAGCUUUCAAAGAAGCAGAGAAAGAAACAAAAACCCAUGAUGGCACGGGGAGUCCCCUUCGAUGACCAGAGCACAGGCGAUCAAGCUGAUGAGGCGAGUGAGGCCAGCAGUGCCAACCGGGAUGAUGCGGCUGAAGCAUCAGAGAAUGCCGAAAAAAGCCGCAGCCCAGAAGAAGCAAGUACUGGGGGAAACGGAGCUCCCACCAGUGAACCAGAAACAGAGGUGAAAAUCAAUCCGAAAACUAAAGGGAAGAAAGCAAAAGAUACGAAGAAAACAUCUGCAAGGAGUUCUUCAGAGCCUCAAAUCGUGAAUGAAGCUUCUCUCCGGUGCGUCACCUGCCAUUGUGAAUUUCAGUCGCGGAAUAAGCUGUUUGACCACUUGAAAGCUACGGGCCACGCCAAGGCCACGCAGGCACCGCCGCCGACCACGAAUGGAGCCGUGAGCAGCCGAAGCAAAAAAGAGAAGCGUAAAAACAGAUAGGGCUCCCUGAAGGAGAUGGCGGGAAAGCCGAUGGGCGGCUUGGUGUAACCCUCAGAGGUACCUCAGUAGCACAAAGAGAGACAAGAUUGGUCCCACUGGGAUGAAAAAAUGCUCUGGUUUUCCUCAGCAUCGGGCAUGGCAACAAAGGCUUUACACACGGAUUGUGCCUCUUAUUCAUUUUGGGUUUUUUUCUUUUUUUCAACUUGACCAUUGGCUGUGUUGUACCUGGUCCCUUCAUUAGAUAAAAAAACCCUUUCUUGCCCCCCUCCCCAAAGCCCAGGUACUCAUCAAGAGGGUCUUCCUCAUACCGAUACAGACUUGUAAAGAUAAACGUGUACAGGAA